CCUAAAGGGAAGAAGGCCAAGGGGAAGAAGGUGGCACCCGCCCCUUCCGUCGUGAAGAAGGCCGAGGCCAAGAAGGUGGUCAACCCUCUGUUCGAGAAGAGGCCAAAGAACUUCGGCAUUGGUCAAGAUAUCCAGCCCAAGCGUGAUCUGACCCGCUUUGUCAAAUGGCCCCGUUACAUCCGACUCCAGCGCCAGAAGGCCAUCCUGUACAAGAGGCUCAAGGUCCCACCUGCAAUCAACCAGUUCACCCAAGCCUUGGACCGUCAGACAGCCACACAGCUCUUCAAACUGGCCCACAAGUACAGACCUGAGACUAAACAGGAAAAGAAGAAAAGGCUGCUGGCCAGGGCUGAGCAGAAGGCCGCUGGCAAGGGAGACGUUCCCACCAAGAGACCACCUGUACUCAGAGCUGGUGUCAACACUGUCACCACCCUUGUGGAAAACAAGAAGGCUCAGCUUGUUGUGAUCGCCCAUGAUGUCGAUCCCAUCGAGCUCGUCGUGUUCCUCCCUGCUUUGUGCCGCAAGAUGGGAGUCCCAUACUGCAUUGUCAAGGGCAAGGCCAGACUGGGCCGCCUCGUGCACAGGAAGACCUGCACCAGCGUAGCACUCACACAGGUUAACCCUGAGGACAAAGGUGCCCUCGCCAAGUUGGUGGAAGCAGUUAAGACCAACUACAAUGACCGAUUCGAUGAGAUCCGUCGUCACUGGGGUGGUGGUAUCCUGGGCCCCAAGUCUGUUGCCCGCAUCGCCAAACUGGAGAAGGCAAAAGCAAAGGAGCUGGCCACCAAGCUUGGUUAAAUGUACCGAUCUUGUUGUUUUGUUCUGUACAGAAAUAAAAAAAAUAAACUCCA